CACACACAGACACACAGACAGCGCUGCUGGUGAGACGGCAGACAGAGGAGAGAGAGCUGGAGAGGAGGAGGACGCACAACACAAACACACCGAGAGACAAAAGUUCUGCUACUGCGUCGAGAUGAAGAAGUAUGGUGCCAAACCAAAUAUCUGCAAUUCCAAUUUUAAUGGAAGUUUUGGAUCAUAAAGGGAAAUAGGAGAAAAGGGAACGAGCGCACUCAUGGAUUUCUGCGCGCUUUAGUUGCAGUGGAGCCAAAAUGAGACAUCCAGUCAUGAUGAUUUGGGUAGCGUUUAUUUUUAUACCUUUUUUGGUUUGGUGCGCACACGGGAACAAGACCAGGACCGUGGAGCAGCCGGUGCAGGUGCCGUUCUUUCACGGGCAUGUGUUUGAGAACUCGUCUCCGGGCUCCCGGGUCAACGGGCUGAGCGUCCCGUUAAAGCGGCUCAACUCGCAGAGGCUGUGCGGUGGUGGUGGUACCGAGGAAUUUGCAGCAGCAGCGCACUUUAAACUCCUCGGAGACGGGAACGAGAAUUUCCGCGUCUUUGCGCACCACAAACGGGGACAUGUUUUAUUGAAGACUUCUGGGGUUCUGGACCGGGAGGAGCGGGCUGAGUACGCGCUGAGUCUGGGUCUGUGUUGCGGGGAAGUGCAAAAGGAGUCUCCGGUUGCGUCCAUUAAAGUGGACGUCCUGGACACCAACGACCACCAGCCCACCUUCCCAGGAGAUGUGGAUGUGAAGCUGAGUCUGGAUGAUGCCACCGCGCUGCGCACGCCGGUGUACACGGUGACCGCGCGGGACGAUGACAGCGGUAAGAACGCGCAGCUCAUCUACUUCGUUUUGCCCAGAAACGGGAGUUUUUACGCAGUACCCAAAACCGGAGACAUUCUUUUAGUGGACUCCAUCCUCGGUCUGGAUGAACCCAUUAAGUUUGAGGUGUUCGCGCGGGACCGCGGGUGGCCACCUCGCACGAGCAGGAGCGUGUCCGUGGAGAUCAAUCCACGGCAAUGGCCCGGGAAAAAACGGAAAGUUAAAGUACAAGGGAGAAGGUCCAGCCGGUCGGUGAUGGAGUCAGACAGCCCGGUGUUCAUCAACGUGUCGGAGGACGCAGGGCUCGGUUCGGUGGUGAUGAACCUGAACCCGGUGAGGUUUCAGUCCUCUGUGUUUGAGCUGGUGGAGCCUGAUGUGGAGAGCUCUCCGGUCAGCGUGAGCCGGGACACCGGGGAUAUAGUCAUAUCACGUAGACUGGACCGGGAGACAGAGCCGCUGGUGGAGAUCAGCGUCAAAGUUCAGGACAAGAGAGGUCCAGAGUGGUACUUGGUCAGAGUGGAGUUGACUGUGACAGAUGUAAAUGACAACAUCCCAGAAUGGAGCAUGGUCCCUGCUCCCUACCUCGCUGUGGUUUCCCCCGAUGCCCCUGCAGGCUCGCUGGUCUACAAGCUCCACGCUCUGGACGGGGAUGAAGGUAACAACGGUGAAGUGGAGUACUUCCUGUCUGAUGGUGGCGAUGGUCGUUUUGAAGUGGACAGGAAGAACGGCCAGGUACGAACCACAGGCCUUCCCCUGCAGCGGGACAGGGAGUACCUGCUGACAGUGGUGGCCGCCGACCGGCUUGGCAGCCGCAGCGCCCCUGUCGCCGUCUCUGUGGUGGCUGGAGCCCGGCCGCCACAGUUCACCAACGCUUCCUUCACCAUCGCCAUACCGGAAAACACCCCUGAAGGACAGCCCUUCCUGGUCACGCCUGCUGUGUCCUUCCAGAAGAAACCAAUCAGCUACAGCCUCCUCAUCAAUCCCAGCAGCCUCUUCUCCAUCUCAGCAGAGACGGGGGAAAUCAGCCUGACCCGCCCUAUUGACUACGAGAGCGACCAGCAUCGUUACUUGCUAUUGGUGCGAGCCAGCGAGGGCCUGGACAGCAUGAGCAGCGCAGCGGAGGUACGAGUUGUUAUUGCCGAUGAAAACGACUGCGUUCCAGAGUUCCUCCAGUCCAUUUACAGCAAGGAUGGCGUACCGGAGACUGUGACAACAGCAACGUCCCUGCUGCAAGUGUCAGCCAAUGACUGUGACUCGGAAGAGAAUGCCGAGUUGACCUAUUACACCCUGAGUCCAGACUUCACCAUUUCUCCCCACGGGACCAUCUUUCCUGCUGGGCCUCUGGACUACGAGAGGACCAACCACCUCUAUGAGUUUGUAGUGAUGGCCAUUGACAAGGGGGAGGUGCCUCGCACUGGCACAACUACAGUACGGAUUCGAAUGGCUAACGUCAACGAUGAGGCACCGGAGUUCUCCCAACAUAUAUAUCGGACGUUCGUCUCGGAGGACGCGGGCCCCAACACGCUCGUUGCCACGGUGCUGGCGAAGGACCCUGAUGGGGACGGAAUCACGUAUAAGAUCACCACAGGAAACGAGGAGGGCAACUUUAUCAUUGACAGCCAAAAAGGUUUGAUCCGUCUGCGCUCCAGCCCGCCCCCUCACCUCCAGGGGGUUGAAUACAUCCUCAAUGUUACGGCCACGGAUGACAACGCCUCAGGCGGACCCCAGGCCUUGUCAUCCACGGCCCAGGUCAUAGUGGGAGUGGACGACGUGAAUAACAACAAGCCCGUCUUUGAAAAGUGUCAGCAGUACCGAGAGAGCACGUCGGUCCUGGAGAACCAGCCAGCGGGGACGUUUGUUCUGCAGGUUCACGCUGUGGAUGCUGACGAGGGCUCCAAUGGCAGGGUCACUUACGGCUUCAUGCACAAAGACUCCACUGUGCCUGCAUUCAGUAUCCACCCUGACUCCGGAGUAAUUGUGACAGCCAGGAAAUUUGAUCGCGAACGCCAGCGGGAGUACGCGGUGACAGUGACCGCCACUGACCAGGCAGCUGACCCACUGAUUGGCAUUUGUCAGCUCAACAUCCUCAUCCUGGACCAGAACGACAACAGUCCCAAGUUUGAGAACAUCCGAUAUGAGUACUUCCUUCGUGAGGAUACAAUGAUCGGGACAAGUUUCUUGCGGGUGGCAGCUCACGACGAUGACUUUGGCACCAAUGCAGCUGUCACGUACUCUAUGUCCAGUGAACAGCCAGAGUACCUCAGGGUCAACCCCCUGACAGGCUGGGUCUUUGUCAACCAGCCCAUUUCUCAGAGGACCUACAUUACUAGGGAAAUCGUGGCUACAGACGGCGGGAACAGGAGCAGUUCAGUGGAGCUGGCCGUCACCAUCACCAACGUGAAGAACCAGCCGCCACAGUGGGACAAAGACAGCUACAGCGUGGUCAUACCGGAAAACACUGUCCGAGACACACCCAUCGUGAACAUCAAAGCCACCUCCCCUCUUGGGGAUCCCAGGGUAACGUACAACUUGGAAGACGGCAUGGUCCCAGAGACCAACAUGCCAGUUCGCUUCUACUUGACCCCCAACCGAGAGGACGGUUCGGCCUCCAUCCUCGUGGCAGAGCCCCUGGACUACGAGACCACCAGGCACUUCAUGCUGCGGGUUCGAGCUCAGAAUGUCGCUGCUGUACCAUUGGCGGCCUUCACCACGGUCUACAUCAACGUCACAGAUGUAAAUGACAACGUCCCAUUUUUCACUUCCUCCAUCUACGAGGCCUCGGUCACCGAAGGGGCAGAAUCAGGAACUUUGGUUUUCCAGGUUUCAGCUAAUGACAUGGACUUGGGUCUUAAUGGCAAGAUCUCCUACUCCCUGCUGGAGGAUCGCAGUGGAGACCAUCAGUAUUUCCGUAUCGACCCGGAGCUGGGAUUCAUCUACUCACAGACUGUGUUUGACCGCGAGACCAAAAGCUCCUACCUGUUGGAGGUUCAGUCUGUGGAUGGCUGGGAGUCAGCGCGGCCCGGCAAACAUGGACAGCCCAACUCUGACACAGCAUAUGUUCGCGUUUUUAUCAGUGACGUGAACGAUAACAAGCCAGCGUUUGCACAGGCAUCCUAUGAGGUGGAUGUGGAUGAGGAUGCUGACGUAGGCUUCGCCAUUCUCACCGUCAGUGCCAACGACGGGGACGAAGGUGGAAACGCUAAGCUGCGCUACCAGAUCACAUCAGGGAACACGGGAGGGGUGUUUGAUGUGGAACCAGAGGUGGGCACCAUCUUUAUCGCCCAGCCUCUGGACUAUGAACAGAACAAAAGGUACAAGCUUCACGUCCUGUCUUCAGAUGGGAAGUGGGAGGAUUACACAACAGUGACGGUGAACGUGGUUAACAAGAACGACGAGGCUCCGGUGUUCACCGUUAACGAGUACUACGGCAGCGUAACGGAGGAGCUGGAUGGCUCACCGGUGUUUGUGUUACAGGUGACGGCGUCUGACCCAGAUAAAGAUGCUGACCAGGAGGCCCUGCGUUACUCUCUCCAUGGCCAGGGUGCGGAGAGUGAAUUCAUAAUCGACGAGGUCACGGGCAAGAUCUACGCUCAGCGGACCCUGGACCGUGAGGAGCGCGCCGUGUGGCGCUUCGUCGUCCUGGCCACGGACGAGGGCGGCGAAGGUCUGACGGGCUUCACCGACGUCAUCAUCAACGUGUGGGACAUCAACGACAACGCGCCCGUCUUCACCUGCGCCCCCAGCUGCCACGGAGACGUGGCGGAGAACUCGGUUGUGGGGACGUCCGUGAUGGAGAUGACGGCCACCGACAUGGACGACUCAGCUGUGGGUCAGAACGCCGUGCUCUCUUACAGGAUUAUGGGUAGCUUGGACGCCACAAACAUCGAGGUGGGAGGAGUGCCGACCUUCUCCGAGAUGUUCACCAUCAACCCCACCACUGGGACCAUCACUGUGGCCAUGGGUGGUCUCGACAGGGAGCAGGUGGAGUCCUACCUCCUGGUUGUGGAGGCCAGAGAUGGUGGAGGGAUGACGGGAACUGGAACUGCUACCAUACAGAUCAAGGAUGUGAACGAUCACGCUCCAAGAUUCACUGAUCACUCCUGCCUAGCAAGGAUCUCUGAGAGCGCUGAGUCCAAUGCAGAGGUCCUGGAGCUCAAUGCAGAGGACAGAGACACUGGAGAAAAUGCCCAGCUGACCUUUAGUGUUGUGGCUGGAGACCAGGAGCAGAAGUUCUACAUGGUCAGUCACAAGCAGGAGCAGCGCGGCACCCUGAGGCUUAAGAAACGCCUGGACUACGAACGGCACAGCGAGCAGAGGUUCAACCUCACACUGAAGGUUGAAGACCUGGACUUCUCCAGCCUUCUGCACUGCGUGGUGGAGGUGGAGGACUAUAACGACCACGCUCCCGUCUUCAUACCUCACCUCCUGUCUCUUGCCCCGCUACCUGAGGACAUCAGCGUGGGGACCAGUGUGGCACGUUUGGUGGCCAGUGACUCCGAUUCAGGCCAGAACAGAGACAUCACCUACAGCCUGUCGGAGGACUCCGAUCCUGACGGGCUGUUCACCAUCGACCAGUCCGGCGUACUCUCUGUGGCCCGCCCUCUGGAUCGCGAGAGGAUAUCACAGCAUUACCUGGUUGUCGUAGCAACCGAUCAUGGGGUUCCCCCUCUAACGGGCAGCGCCACAGUCCAGCUGCCGCUGUUGGAUGUAAAUGAUAACGGACCAGAGUUCGAGGCGGCAUACUCUCCAAUAGUUUUUGAGAAUGUGGUCGGACCGCAGGUAGUAAGGAUGAACCAAACGUCGACCCUCCUCCGAGCUGUGGACCGGGACUCUCCGGAGAACGGUGCGCCCUUCCACUUCGCCGUCUCCUCCGAGUAUCGCCACAGCAACGACUUCUACCUCCAGGACAACCUAAAUGGCACGGCGACAAUAACGGCUCUGAGGACGUUCGACCGCGAGCGGCAGAAAGAGUUCCUCAUCCCUAUUAUUAUGAGCGACAGCGGCCAUCCAGCCAAAACGGUGACCAGCACCCUGACAGUGACCAUCGGUGACCAGAACGAUCACGCACAUGUGGCGGGGGAGAAGAAAAUCUUCAUCAACAGUCACAGAGGUCGCAUGCCAACUACGGUUCUUGGAAAGGUCUACUCUCCUGACCCUGAUGACUGGGACAACAAGACCUACGUCUUUGAAGGACAUGUGCCAAGUUACUUUAUCCUGAACAAGCGAACAGGCUUCCUGAUCAUCAAGGAGAACGCCCCACCCGACGUCUAUCAGUUCCAGGUCCGUGUGUCCGAUGAGGUCUGGCCGGAUGCUGUCUCUAGUGUCACCGUGCACGUGAGGGAGCUGCGAGACGAGGCCAUCUACAACUCAGCGUCUCUCCGCCUGGCAGACAUCACAGCAAAGGAGUUCAUUGAACUGAGAGGAAAGCAGCGGAGCCGCUACGAGCUGCUGCUGGACUUCCUGUCUGAGAUGCUCUCCGUUCCACCUGAUGAUGUCAACAUCUUUAGCCUAAUGGACGUGAAGGAGCAAAUGCUGGAUGUUCGCUUUGCAGUGCAUGGCGGCCCCUCCUUCCUCCAGCCCGAGAAAAUCCACGGUUAUCUGGCCGCCCACAAGCAGAAGCUCCAGUCAUUCCUGCAGGUCAGCGUGUCCCAAAUCCGGGUAGACGAGUGCCCGAGCUCGGAGUGCGCCGGUGCCGGCGGCUGCACCAACGUUUUGAACGUGCGGGACACGCCCACAGUCGUGGACUGCGGGACCAUGAGUCUCGUGUCUGUGACAGUGGAAUCCACAGCCGUGUGCUCAUGCCCAGGGAGAGAGCAGUCCCAUCAACCCUGCACCUCAUAUCCCAGAAACCCCUGUUUCAAUGGCGGCGUGUGUGUGGACACUCAGCAUGGCUACAGGUGCCAAUGCCCAGCUCAGUUCGAAGGGCCUGAGUGCCAGCAGAACAAGCACAGUUUCCAUGGCAACGGCUAUGCCUGGUUUCCUCCCAUGAUGCCUUGUUUCGAGAGCCACGUGUCGCUGGAGUUCAUCACGGACGUGGCUGAUGGACUGCUGCUGUACAGCGGCCCCUUAGCCCAGCUGCAGGCCUGGGACCACGAGGACUUCAUGGCCAUAGAGCUAAUAGAUGGGACCCCCACCUUGAAAAUCAACCAUGGCUCUGGCACAGUGGUGCUACAGUUGCCAGGCAACGUGAACGUGGCAGACAGGCGGUGGCAUCGGCUGGAUGUCCGCAGCAACAGCAAGGAAGUGCGGUUCACCCUGGAUCGCUGCUCAGGGGCGGCGGUGAUGGAAAUGGAAGGACUGGGCAGCUGGUUGACCACCGAGGACCACUCUUCCUGCGAGGUGACGGGCGUCACACCCAACACUGACAGACACCUGAACAUGAGCCAGGUGCUGCAGCUCGGCGGUGUGAACGAGGACAUCCCCUACAUCUACCCUCAGCUUCAGCACAAACACUUCACCGGUUGCAUCCGCAACCUCAUCGUGGACAGCAAGCUGUAUGAUUUGGGCUCCCCGGCCGACUCGCAGUCCAGCUCUCCAGGCUGCCUGACCACCGACAGCAGCUGUGUCAACAUGGGCUACCCGUCCUGCGGCCACCGGGGUCGCUGUCACGGCGAGUGGGGCUCCUUCAGCUGCCAGUGCGUGCCGGGAUACACAGGACACCAGUGUGAAGAGGAGGUCCCAGAGUAUUCCUUUGAUGGGCACAGUCACGCGCAUUACCAGCUGGUGUCCCCGCUGCCGGCCCGGAGGACAUGGGUUCAGGUCCUCGUUCGAACCCGCAAACACAGCAGCACCAUCCUGAAUCUGAUCUCGAAGGAGCAGAGUGAAUACCUACGACUAGAGAUCUUCCAGGGCCUCCUCUGCGUCUUCUACAACCUCGGGGACGGGGACUACAACUUAACCCUACCCACCUAUCGCCUCGACAACGGUGAAUGGCACGAGGUCUUCCUAGAUCGGCACGACAAUGAGAUGAUGCUGCGACUGGACGGCGGCGGGGGGCAGCGGGAGAUCACGGGAUCGCGAGGCCGGAGCCGAGAAAUCAUCAUUGACCCCACUGUGGUGAUGCUGGGAAACACCUUCCCCUCUGGAAUCAACAAGAGCUUCCAGGGCUGCAUGAGGGACGUACGCCUCAACGGUCGCUACAUUCCACUGGACAGUCAGCCGCGAGAUGGGGUUUCCCAGGUCAGCAUGCAAGGCCUCUCCCCUGGGUGCUCGUCCGACUCCUGCAAGAGGAACCAAUGUAGCCCCCCCUUCACCUGCGUCGACUUGUGGAGAGUGCACGAAUGCAGAUGUCCCCCUGGCCACAUGAUCCGUGUGAACGUGACGAGAAAGUCCUGCGUGUAUACCCUCUGUGCUACACGGCCUUGUCACCGGGGGACAUGCGUGGCCCAGUCGCCCUCCAAAUUCACCUGCCACUGCCCGGAGGGCUACAGAGGACGCCACUGCGAGACAACGCUGGCCAUCUAUCGAGAGGACGUGGGCCUGAGCUUCAGCUCCCUCUUCGCCAUCUGUAUCUGCUUCAUGGCCUUACUAGUGCUGCUGUUGGGAAUUUUCUUCUACACUCGCUGGAGGAGCUACAAAGGGCUGAAAGAGGGCGUUUACCACGUCUCAGCCCACCACGACGGCUGGGAGGACAUCCGAGAGAACGUCCUUAACUAUGACGAGGAGGGAGGCGGCGAGGAGGACCAGAAUGCUUACGACAUGGCGGAGCUGCAGAAGUCCCUCCAGCCGAGCCCGGCCCAGUCGGUCCAGUACUGCCGCUCCAGAGCCCUCCACCACCCUCCUCCUCCCCUCCACCACCACCACCACCUCCUCCACCAGGCACCCCCCGUCCCGCCCUCCGUCCAGCCGCUGGACCCCCUUAGCCGGACAGCCAGCUCCACCACCCUGCCCCCCUCCGCGGCGUCCUCCUGCUCCACCGCCACCACCACCGCCAGCCUCCGCAGGGAUGUCCCCCCCACCAGACUCCCGGCCCAAGGCCAGGCCCGCCCCUCCCAGCUGGCGCGCCGCUCCCUGUCCUUUUCCAGCCAGGACUUGGCCCGCUACCUGUGCGAGAUCAUCCGUGACGCCGACCAGCAUCCCGACACGGGGCCCUUCGACUCCCUGCAGGUGUUCUCCACCGAGGGAGGGGGCUCGCCCGCCGGCUCCCUGAGCUCCUUCAGCUCGGCGGGGCUGGACGGGGGGAGCGGCGGGGAUGUCGGAGGGGGAGGAGGAGGGGACGGAAGGCGAGAGGAGACUCUCGGGGAGUGGGGGCCUCGCUUUGAGAAGCUGCGGGCGCUGUACGAGCGAGCGGAGGCCAGCGACCUCUGAGCUCAGACGCACCAAGGACCAAACUGAUAGGACCCUGAUAACAGGCCACCCUGAAACAAUCAAUUAGCAGACGCUUAGCGACGACCGAGGCGAGAAAACAGCGAAAGGCUGACUGACUGACAGAGAGAUCGCUCCGCGCGCCUCACUCGCUGACAACUGACACGGAAGGUGUUGUAUUUACUGGUUGAUGAGCCCCGUCAAUCAACAUGGUGGCCUAACAGACAUAUGAAAGUGUCCCUGUGAAAAGAGCCUGUCGCUCUGCGCUCCCUCUACCUUGGAUGACAAUUUUGCAGGAGCAGACGUUAUCAAACCUGCCAGUCAGGUUAAAGGCUUCGGCACGUCACUCUCUAGCCGGGCUACUCAUCAUGAUGGAGCUUAGCUUCACUGUCAGAAAAAUCUGUUCCAGUCACAGCCACAAAACCCCCAAAUUUCCUCUAUUUUCUAACACUCAUUGUGAGCUGCUCUGGAUGAGUGUCAGCUGAAGGCCUCAAAUGUGAAACGAAAAAAUGUUUUUGGCCAGGUUAUUUUUUUAUACCUGAGCAAAUCAGUGCCACAUGAAAUGUAUUUUUAGCACCUUGCUGCUGAAUUUAAUCUUUGUAAUUAAGCAAAGGACUCUUGCAUAUAUUCCACUCUUGCACUGUUACAUGAUACGACAGUGAAGACGAGUGGGAUCAUACUGAGUAGCCCAUAUAAUACAGAGUUUGGAUUUUUAAGUAUAUAGUGGGCACGUUGUGUUCUCGCUGCCUGGCUGUACACAGCUUCUGUCAAUGUUUGUAUGGGGGAAAAAAAAGUGUUUCGACCAGCACUGGGUUGCAGGGUGAGAUUAUUAUUCUUUUCUUCUGGUAAUGUGUCCUUCACUGGGUUGAGUAAUUCUGUAUUGGUUGGGUGUUUCAAGUUUCAAUGCUCCGUGGGUUGUAAGACAUCAAGCUUUCUACUUACUACUGCGCCCUCGUCUUCAUGUGAUUUCCUAUUCUCAUUUGCGCUCCUCCGCCUGGCGUUCCUCCUCACCCGAGGGAGGGUGCACAAAAAUUCAAACAGCUUUGUAACAAAGAAAUGGGAGCGGACGUGCGGACUGCGGGAGGGAGAGGAAAUAGUUGCUCUGCUGCUCUGCUCCGCGUACGCUCUUCCUCAGGCAUACCAAAUGCGACGGCUGCGAGAGACUAUUUUAACAGACGAUGGCACGCUAGAAUACAAACUAUGUCAAAUGGCUUUCCAAGGUGACUACUCGAUAAAUAGAAAGAGGAGGAGGAUGAAGGGACAUUUAUAAUGAUUAUUCAUAUGUAUUAUUCUGAGCUGUGAUACCUGUGCCAUACGCAAUUCACGCAUUCCCAUUGUCCCCUUGCUAAAUUACCACGUACACUUGAUUGUAGGAAAAUGGACUGAAAACUGCAGGGAAAUAAUAAGUCUGUAGUUAUUAUCCAAGCUGUGAAUUGUCAGCACAGUGGCAAGUGUUCCUGUUGUUUGGCUUCCUUUUCACAUCAGGUUGAUGGAUCUUUUUUUUUUUUUUUUUUUCUCUCUCAACUCGACAAAAAACAAAAAAAGACUUCCUGCUGUUGUGGAACCGGUGAGAACAAUUUGUGUAAAAAGGAAUGAAAAGGCAAAGACCAAUAAUAAAGCAGCGGAGGGGAGAGAGGAGCGCUGAGUCUGAAAAGGACCCGUUCUUUUCACCUUUGAUAAGAGAGAUGAUUACAGGGUAGAGGGUUGAGUCAGAGAGCAAAUGAGGAAGGGAGGCAGAGAGGAACCAUCUCACCAUGCCUGGCUGUGAUGAAAUGUGCCACCGGUGCACCAUGGAGCUCAGUAGGGAGCUGUAGAGAGGGGGGGGGAGAUGCUGGGAGCAAUGUUUUUCUGCUGAAACGGUUUGUUGCACAGCAAAUGGCAAAAUAUAAAAGUAAUGUGUCCUAACUUCAUCCCACCAGAACACCCCCCCAAUUCCCCUUCUCCUGCAAUCCUCCAAAAAGCCAACCUGGCUUCUUCUCCUGGCAUUACAGGCACUGUAUUCUGCUGGAAGUAGCAGCAGCGCUCUCAUCCUGCUCUUUUUAUUCUUCUCCACGCUGGCAGAGCCGAGCCUGUCGGCAGAGAGCAGCUAAAGGGUAGGAGUGUGUGAAAACAUGUCAGGCCACUAAUCCUAAUAGGAGCUGAUGGCUUGCUGUCAUGCUGGAAAAAACCAAAGGAUUGCGGGUACUUUAAAAAAAAAAAAAAAGUCGACAGAGGAGUCGAUUCCCAGAUUGCAGCUUUCCAGAAACAUACUAUUUUCUUAAAAGACGAGGCAACAAUGCAGCUUUUAAAAAUAAUAGACUUGGCGGUCAGGUGAGGGUGCAGUACGCUGUGGGGUGAUGCCUGAAAGUAAGACGCACAGGCGUUUUCCUUUUUUUAAAGACAGUGGGGAUUUCCUAGAGGGGGAUGCUUGUUUUUUUAUUUUUAUUUGUAUUCCUCUGUAGAAAGGGGCUGAGCCUAAGCCACGCAGAGUGGUGAAGGAUGAAGUCGCUUCAUGCUACACUUCUCUCUCUGCAGCUGGAAGGAGCAAGCGGCUCACUUCCCACCACCACCACCAUUCAUUUGUACCAUAAAACAGCUUCUUAAAUGUUGUGUUCUGGGUGCAGACAUGUUGUGAACAAGGUUAAUGUUUUUACAUCAUUUGUAAAUACAAAGAUAGAUUAAUUACAAUGAUUGCUUUUUGUCAAGAAAAGCACCACAUAGAUUUAAAAUGUGCAGCUACUGAGAAAAAAAAAAUAAUAAAUAGAACCGAACAUAUCUUUUCUAUCAUCAUGAUGGUGAUGAGCUUUGGACAGUUAUGUAAGUGUUUUGUAUUUGCUUUGAUUUUUCUUUUUUCUCAAUAAAUUCAUUUGUUUGCACCAGUGACUGUGAUGCAUCUUGACUGCAUCUGA